GCAGCUGCCGGAGACCCGUCCGCUGCCCCUUCUUCGCCCUUGGCGCCUUAUCACACUCCCUUCCCGGGAGCUGGGAGCAACGCGGGCAGCCGGCGCCUCCGUGCAAGCUGGGGGUGUCUGCUGGACCACCUCCCGCCGCCGCCGCCGCCGCCCCCGGCUCUGGCCAUGGCCCGGCGGGGCGCAGUGCCGAGCGUCCUGGGGGCGCCCGGGGGCGUCGAUCUCAGUCUGAGGCUGCUGCUGCUGUUGCUGCUGCUCCUGGAGCCAGCGCGGGGCUUCGGGGACGAGGAGGAGCGGCGCUGCGACCCCAUCCGCAUCUCCAUGUGCCAGAACCUGGGCUACAACGUGACCAAGAUGCCCAACCUGGUGGGGCACGAGCUGCAGACAGACGCGGAGCUGCAGCUGACAACUUUCACGCCGCUCAUCCAGUACGGCUGCUCCAGCCAGCUGCAGUUCUUCCUUUGUUCGGUUUACGUGCCAAUGUGCACAGAGAAGAUCAACAUCCCCAUCGGCCCGUGUGGCGGCAUGUGUCUUUCGGUCAAGAGGCGCUGUGAACCUGUCCUGAAGGAAUUUGGCUUUGCCUGGCCCGAGAGCCUGAACUGCAGCAAAUUCCCACCCCAGAAUGACCACAACCACAUGUGCAUGGAAGGGCCGGGUGAUGAGGAGGUGCCCUUACCUCACAAAACCCCCCUCCAGCCUGGGGAAGAGUGCCACUCCGUAGGCACCAACUCGGAUCAGUACAUCUGGGUGAAAAGGAGCCUGAACUGUGUUCUCAAGUGUGGCUAUGAUGCUGGCUUGUACAGCCGCUCGGCCAAGGAGUUCACGGAUAUCUGGAUGGCCGUGUGGGCCAGCCUGUGCUUCAUCUCCACCGCAUUCACUGUGCUCACCUUCCUGAUCGAUUCCUCCAGGUUCUCCUACCCUGAGCGCCCCAUCAUAUUUCUCAGUAUGUGCUAUAAUAUUUAUAGCAUUGCUUAUAUUGUCAGGCUGACCGUAGGCCGGGAAAGGAUAUCCUGCGAUUUUGAAGAGGCAGCAGAACCUGUUCUCAUCCAAGAAGGACUUAAGAACACAGGAUGUGCAAUCAUUUUCUUGCUGAUGUACUUUUUUGGAAUGGCCAGUUCCAUCUGGUGGGUUAUUCUGACGCUCACUUGGUUUUUGGCUGCCGGACUCAAAUGGGGUCAUGAGGCCAUUGAGAUGCACAGCUCUUAUUUCCACAUUGCUGCCUGGGCCAUCCCUGCUGUGAAAACCAUUGUCAUCUUGAUUAUGAGACUGGUGGAUGCAGACGAACUGACCGGCCUGUGCUACGUCGGGAACCAAAACCUCGAUGCCCUCACAGGCUUUGUGGUGGCUCCCCUCUUCACAUAUUUGGUGAUUGGAACCCUGUUUAUCGCUGCUGGUUUAGUGGCCUUGUUCAAAAUUCGAUCCAAUCUGCAAAAGGAUGGGACAAAGACAGACAAGUUGGAAAGGCUGAUGGUUAAGAUCGGGGUCUUCUCGGUCCUGUACACGGUGCCUGCCACAUGUGUGAUUGCCUGCUAUUUCUAUGAAAUCUCCAACUGGGCGCUCUUCCGGUAUUCUGCAGAUGACUCCAAUAUGGCGGUGGAGAUGUUGAAGAUUUUUAUGUCUUUGCUGGUGGGCAUCACCUCAGGCAUGUGGAUUUGGUCUGCCAAGACUCUGCACACCUGGCAGAAGUGUUCUAACAGAUUGGUGAAUUCUGGGAAGGUAAAGAGAGAAAAGCGAGGGAACGGUUGGGUGAAGCCUGGGAAAGGCAACGAAACUGUGGUAUAAGGCUACCCGGGCCCCACGCUUUCCAAAUUUUGAAGGUGGGGGGGAUGCUAGCAUUUGGGUGCAAGAGCGACUAAAAGUUUCCUGCAGUGUAUCUCAGUUUGAGCGAACUGGCAACACGUCAGUGACCCCUAUAAGCCACCGCCACCUGCCCGCCCCCCACCCCCG